AUGCGAAAGCCCAGGCAGCCUGCGCACGCUCCCGUCCCCGUGCUCUGCUACCGGCACCGCCACCCGUGCCCCUUCGAGCUCCCUUCGUCCACGGCCCGGGGGUUCAUAGACCCAGUUCCUCCAGUUGUCUCGGGCUCUGUGUGGCCAGAUGCCUGCGCAUCUUGUUUACCCAAGCAAAACGUGCUCGUGGCGAAAACCAGCGCCGGGGCGUCACGUGGGCCCACGGCACCUUCGGACGAGCGUUGCCGAAGGCCAAGGCUUGCGAAGCGCCCACAGUGCGUGCCCUUGCGCUACGGAGGCCAAGCCUUUGAGCAGGGGGACAUGGUUGACCCCCAGCACCGUGUCCCCACCGUGUCCCGCACCGAGGAUGCUCUUGGGCACGCCGACCGGGAGGGACGCGGACGUUUGAGCUACUCCUCGGUGAGCAACAUGAACGCGGGGCUGGGCAUGAACAGCAUGAACACGUACAUGACCAUGUCGGCCAUGAGCACCACGGCCAACAUGACGGCUGCCACCUCCAUGAACAUGUCCUAUGCCAACACGGGCAUGAGCCCCUCGCUCACUGGCAUGUCCCCGGGCGCGGGGGCCAUGCCCGGCAUGGGCUCAGCCGGCGUGGCAGGUAUGGGCGCCCACCUGAGCCCCAGCAUGAGCCCCAUGGGGGGCCAAGCGGGCUCCAUGAAUGCCCUGGCCCCCUACACCAACAUGAACUCCAUGAGCCCCAUCUACGGGCAAUCCAACCUCAACCGCUCACGGGACCCCAAGACCUACCGGCGGAGCUACACGCACGCCAAGCCGCCCUACUCCUACAUCUCCCUCAUCACCAUGGCCAUCCAGCAGUCGCCCAACAAGAUGCUGACGCUGAGCGAGAUCUACCAGUGGAUCAUGGACCUCUUCCCCUUCUACCGCCAGAACCAGCAGCGCUGGCAGAACAGCAUCCGCCACUCGCUCUCCUUCAAUGACUGCUUCCUCAAGGUGCCCCGCUCCCCGGACAAGCCGGGCAAAGGCUCCUUCUGGACGCUGCACCCCGAUUCGGGCAACAUGUUUGAGAACGGCUGCUACCUGCGCCGCCAGAAGCGCUUCAAGUACUACGCCUUCAACCACCCCUUCUCCAUCAACAACCUGAUGUCCUCCUCCGAGCAGCAGCACCACCACCCUCACCACCACCACCACCACCACCACAAAAUGGACCUGAAGGCCUACGAGCAGGUGAUGCACUACUCGGGCUACGCCUCGCCCAUGCCCGGCAGCCUGGCCAUGGGGCCCGUAACGAACAAAAACGGCUUAGAGUCCUCCCCUUUAGCCGGAGAGACUUCUUACUACCAAGGUGUGUAUUCCCGGCCCAUCAUGAACUCCUCCUAA